AUGCAGGACCAGAAGCUGCGACCCGAGCACGUGAAGCUGAUGGUUGUAGGAGAAAGCGGCUUAGGUAAGACCACUUCUAUCCGGUGCAUUCUUCAUCGCUAUGGUGAGAGCGAGUUGGACGGGAUGCAAGACAUGACCGAGAAAAGCAAGACGCUUGAGAUCAGGGAGUACCCGCCCGUGACAAUUCAAACAGAUGACCCCUGUCGACCAAUCAUCCUCUCCAUCAUCGACACACCUGGGUACGGAGAGCACACAGACAUGAGGCUGGACUUUACCAAGAUCACCGACCACAUCAAAGCUCAGUGGGAGACAACCUACACUGAAAUCCAACAGAAUCUCACCUGGGAAGGAAGCGGUUUGCCUUCGCGCCAUUUAGUUUCGGCGUGCCUUUACUUCAUUGCGCCACACAGGCUCAAGACGAUUGACAUUGACUUCAUGAGAGAAGUUUCAAGAUUGAUUCCGAUCAUUCCGGUGAUAGCAAAGUCCGACACUAUGACAAGAGACGAGACUCUUGAGUUUCGACGACUCGUUGCAGCCCAGCUC